AUGUCAGCCUACGCAGCAGUAGUCUACAGCAAAGUAAUCCAACCAGACGGAGAAGUCAAAAUAUCACUCAUCAUGGCAAAAACAAAAAUCUCACCGUUGAAAAAACAACUCACUUUGCCCCGUCUUGAACUGAGUGCAGCACUGCUACUGAGCCAACUACUGAAACACGUCGCUACAGCUAUGAGAAUCGAGCACAACCAUACAUACGCUUAUUCAGAUUCAAAAGUAACCUUAGCCUGGAUUCUCGGAGACCCGCUGAAGUGGACAACAUUUGUGAAAAACCGAGUCAUUGCAAUCAACAACAACAUAGAUACAACAUGGUCGUACGUGAACACAAAAGAAAACCCUGCAGAUCGAGCAUCGAGAGGAGUCACACCUGAGAAAUUAAAAGAACAUACACUAUGGUUUCAAGGCCCAACAUUUUUACAUCAAAGAGAAUGGAGAAGAGAACACUAUGAAGUAGAAGAUACAGAUCUAGAAACAAGAAAAUCUAUCAAAUGCGCAACUACUACCUUGUCAGAGAAGACUCAGAAGACAGAAGAUUUCAUACUUACAAUUUCAAAGAGAUAUUCAUCAUUGAGAAAACUCAUCUCAGUCAUAGCCUACUGUAGAAGAUGGCUUAUCUUAAAAAACAAACAUGUAAAAGAAAACUUACCUCAAUAUGUAACUCAUGAUGAGCGAGAAGAAGCACUUACAACAUGUAUCAAGCUUUCUCAACAACUAGAAUUUCCACAAGAAAUCGAAGCUCUGAGAAAUCACACAACAUUGAAGAAAAGAAGUCGUUUACUGUCAUUUACGCCCUUUCUCGAUGACAAACAAAUCCUGAGAGUUGGAGGAAGAUUGAAACAUGCAGAUUUAGAGUUCCUGAGCAAACAUCCAAUUAUCCUGUCCAAGAACAACGUACUGAUACCACUUUUACUUAACGACGCACACAAGAAGACGUUGCAUGGAGGCCCUCAACUGAUGACUACAUAUCUUAGAGGAAGAUACUGGCUGAUUGACGCAGGAAACACUAUAAAAACAUACGUGAGAAAUUGCUUUCCUUGUGCUAAACAAAAAGCAAAGACAGUAACUCAACUGAUGGGUGACUUACCUGAGAUACGAGUGAAGCCGUCAAGAGCGUUCCUUACAACUGGUGUAGAUUUCGCAGGUCCAGUAAACGUGCGCAUGAGCCCUGGACGAACAACAAAGACUUUCAAAGCAUAUAUAAGCAUCUUCAUCUGCAUGGUAACUAAAGCAAUACAUAUAGAAUGUGUGAGCAACAUGUCUAUGGAAGCGUUCAUGGCAGCAUUUAGAAGAUUUACAUCAAGAAGAGGAUUCGUCAAGGAGAUGUGGAGUGACCACGGGACUAACUUUAUUUCCUCGAGCAAAGAAAUACUAGAGACUUGGAGACUUGGCAAGUCAACAAUCCCUGUUGAACUAGCAGCCCUACUAGAUACAGAAGGCACCAAGUGGAAGUUCAUCCCUCCUGGAUCACCAAACCAUGGCGGAUUGUGGGAGGCCGGAGUCAAGAGUAUCAAGUUUCAUCUUAAGAGAACUCUCGGAGACGCUACACCUACCUUCGAAGAAUUUACAACUCUUUUGAACCAGGUCGAGGCUUGUCUGAACUCAAGACCUUUAUCACCGCUGAGCGAUCAUCCUGAUGACCUAGAGCCGCUGACACCAGCACAUUUUCUUGUCGGAGAACCGUUAGUCACCAUCCCGGAGAGAGAUUUGACACAACAUAAGACAAAUUCAUUAUCAAGAUGGCAAAACAUUCAGAAAAUGCUACAAAUAUUUUGGAGAAAAUGGCAAACUGAAUUUCUAACAAGAUUACAAGAGAGACCGAAGUGGAAAAUCAGAAAACAAGAGUUUAACGUCGGAGACCUCAUACUAAUUAAGGAUCAUAGAUUACCUCCUAGUAAAUGGCUACUAGGUAGAGUUGUACAGAAACACCCUGGACAAGACAACGUGACACGAGUCUACGAAGUCCGCACAGCAACUGGAGUGCUAACCCGCUCGAUUUCGAAGCUCUGUCCACUACCAGAUGUGAGAAGAAAGGAUUCUGCUAUUCUUUAG